CACUGGGCUGCUUGGAUGGCAGAUGCAGAGCCUUAUCUCCAUCGGAUAGUUUGGAAAAUGGCAAGCGGUCAAGGGCAGAGCUGUUUGGACUUGAAAGGAAGUUGAAUGAUUCAUUUGACCUCAGCAAAACAUUUCCACGAAUGGCAAAACCUGCCCUCCAGAAGAUAGCUCCAGGGACAUAUUGGAACUUGGAGUCUUUUACUGGUGAUUCUCUGAACUCCUACAGUUAUUCUUCUGUGGCUUCUCAAAAUCUUCUCUUGCCGAAUCUUAGUGGUUCCUUCUCUUGCCCUGGGUCAGCUUCUAAUGCAUCAAGCAACUUUUGGAAUCUUUUAGGAGGUGACAACAACUCAACUCUCCCCACUACAGUUCGGAAUCCUAACAAAGCCAUACUUACAAUAGACGGCCUGACUACAGAGAUACUGGUAGCCAAUGAUGUGGCUUGUAAGCUGCUAUGUUAUAGUGGCAAAGAACUGAUUGGUCAGAAGUUAUCUUUACUCAUAUCAAAUUCCAAUCAUGUGCUGGAAGAGGCACUGUAUGAAGAACAUCCAGAAGUUGAUGGACAAGUUGUGACUGUCUCUGGAAGAGUGAUUGACAUUAUUGGCAAGGGCGGACUGGAGAUACCAGUGUCAGUGUGGAUGAAGCGUAUGACUGGUGAAGAGAGGCAGUGUUGUGUUGUGGUGAUGGAACCUGUGGAGCGACUUACUGCCUCUGUCACAUUUGCAGACACUGGCAGAAUUUUAUCAUGUGACACACCAUUUGCCUAUCUCCAUGGUUACGCAGCUGCAGAGGAGAUUGUUGGCUUUUCAAUAACUGAUGUCAUUCCUUCAGUAAAGAUACCUUCGUCUUGUAAGAAGAUACCAAAGAAUUUGAAAAUUCAGCGAGCAGUUGGUAGAGCAAAAGAUGGCAGCACUUUUCCUCUCAGUAUUAAACUCAGUCUUGAAGUCCCAAAGGAUCACGGCACUGGAGUUCAGAACUAUAUUCAGGUUGCAGCUGAAUCUCCGGAUGAUGUGAAUCAAGCAAUUACAGACCCAGAGAUGGUUUUUUCAGGAGUUUUGUGGGUUUUUACCACCAUAACUGGACUGAUCACUCUUCUGCCGGAUGGAACUAUCCAUAGUUUGAAUGAUAACUUUGCUCUUGUGUUUGGCUAUAAGAAAACACAGUUGUUGGGCAAGAACAUUACAUUUUUAAUUCCUGGUUUCUAUGACUACAUGGACCCAAUAGAUGAUGGCUUUCUACCAUUACCUCCUCUGGAAGAUGAAACUGAUGAAGUAGAGUGCCAUAGUUACACAGUGCUAUCUGACAAUUUACCAGAAGACCAGGAUGGUGCAGCUGGCAUAAAUCUGCUUUGCAAUGACAUCAAGAUGUCUAAUACAUUCCCUGCAGUAUCUGGCACAACGAGAAAAGAUCCAAGUCUGUUGGUUGCUGGAAAUAGAGCUCUUGUAAAGCAGGAAAAAAACUGUGGUACAGGUCCAAGUGUCCCAAUAUUUACUGGAACCAGUUCAAGGCUAAAUAGUGAUGGCAGCCUUCCUUCCAGCAUGUCUUCUCCAAAAGUCACCUCCACUCCUUUCAGCAGGCCAGGGAGUGAUAACACAAAUGAAAUGAUUCUCCAGGCUCAGCAACUUCAGCCUGUGAAAGAAAACAGUAAUUCUUUGCUGCGUUUGGAAGGUGCUACCAUCAAAAAUCUCUUGUCACCAUCUAUUACUGCUGCUGGUUCAAAACAGACAGAUAGAUGUUCAUCUCAGUUUGAAGAAGUAAAUCCUGAGGAGACCAGGGAUCAUUUGGUUCCAAAGGACUCUACUAUGGCACUGUGCUCUGCUGGUGUGUGUGGAUAUUGUCCAGUCUCUGAGGCAUCAGCAGUACCCUGUCAUUGCUGUGAAGGAGUGGGUACAUUACCAAGUUCAGCAAUUCUAAACCCACUUUUGGCUAUAUCUAGUCACCAAACCAGUAUGUCAAGAGAUGAAAUGCCCUGUUCAAAUCAAGAUGGCAAUUUUAUUCUCCAACAUCAUGGCAAGAUCUGUGAUUCCCCAGGGACUCCUACUCUGGACGAAAAGUUGCCUGGAGAUGGGACCUGUAGCUGCAGAAUUCACCUGAAACCUGAGGAAGAUAAAGUCAUGCAUCAUAAUUACCUUGGUAGUAAAUGCAAUGAAGUAGAUACGGUUAAUGGAGAAACUUUGUGGCAACAUGUCUCCUAUGCACUUAGUCUGCCAUCUGAAAACCACAAAGAGCAAAGCAGUGUCUACAAACAAAGCCAUGAAGUGAUUUCUUCUGCCAGGUUAAAUGCUCAAAUAAAUCUAUCUGCAAGGAAACACAUGCAGUAUGGCACAAAGAUUGAAAACCAGCCAGAGGCUGAUGUAAACCCAAUUCUGUAUGGUCUUAAAGACCUGGAGCUCAGUAGUGACUCUGAACUUAUUUCUGUAGAUCAGUCUGGCAAUUCUUGCACUACCUCCGAACUUCUCAGGACCCCAUCACCUUAUGUGAUUGAUUCAGACCUUGAAUCAGAACCCGAGCAAAGUAAAAUGACUUCACUGAAGGAAAUCAAUGCAUGUAGUUACCAAAGUAAAAAACUAACCAGCCAAUGCAUGGGAGCAUCAGAACAAUUCUCUGCUUGUUCAAGGAUGGCUGAUGUUCUGCCCGAAGAAUUAAGUUACAGCCAGAGUCAUCUCUGUAAUAGUGAAAUAAGUGCCAGUGAACUCUCAAUGCCGCGUAGUCCUCGUCUGGAAAUGAUGGGAAGCAAGGGUGAACUGGAGGGACAUGCAACGUCAACACCAAAAUCCCAGAGAUACUUGAACAGAAAGAUUUCUUUAAGGCCCAAUUAUGAAAUUAAUGAGGGGAACUAUAGUGGAAACUGCUAUCACAGGGAUGGCUCCAGACUAUGUAUUGUGUUUCAGGUCAAACGCCUACAUUUGCAAGAUGGAGGAAAGUUGUAUUGCGUGUGGGUAGUGCGGGAUCAAACUCAGAGUCAGAGAGAGGCUGCACUGAAGAAUCUUUUGAUGUCUACUCUGAAUAGCACUUCUCUAUCUGCAGAGCACUCUAUCAGCCUGGGAGAGGUUAUAAUGGAAACUGCUAAGUCGCAUGGUGUGAAGUAUUUAGAAGAUCUUGAGACAGUAGAAGCUUGUGAAGGAGAAUACUCCGAGUAUUAUACCACAGUCAGCCCACUAGGGAAGGGAGCUUUUGGCUUUGUGUGGACAGCACAUCAAAAAAUUAGCAAUAAAGAGGUUGUGGUGAAAUUUAUUCGAAAGGACAAGAUUGUUGAGGACUGCUGGGUUGAUGAUGUGGACCUGGGCAGAGUAAGUCAGGAGAUAGCAAUCCUUGCUAGACUCAACCAUCCUAACAUAAUCAAGGUACUUGAUGUGUUUGAGAACCUGGAUUUCUUUCAACUGGUGAUGGAGAAACAUGGAACUGGUCUGGACCUCUUUGAAUUCAUUGACCAGCAGCCAGACUUGGAUGAGCCCUUAGCCAGCUUCAUAUUCAGACAGAUUGUGGCCGCUGUGGAUUACCUACACAGUAAGUGCAUUUUGCAUCGGGAUAUCAAGGAUGAAAAUGUCAUUAUUGAUGAGGAUUUCACCAUUAAGCUUAUUGACUUUGGCUCAGCUGUGAACUUGGAACCUGGGAAAGUUUUCCGUACAUUUUAUGGAACAAUUGAAUACUGCUCUCCGGAGGUGCUGAUGGGAAACCCGUAUUCUGGAUCUGAGUUGGAGAUAUGGUCCUUGGGAGUGACCUUAUAUACCCUGGUCUUUGCAGAGAAUCCGUUCAGUGAUGUGGAAGAGACAGUAGCAGCUGUGCUAAAACCACCUUUUCAAGCCUCCAGUGACUUCAUGAACUUGGUGUCAGCUAUGCUGCAGCCUGAUCCUUGCCUCCGCCUGACUUUGGAAGAACUAAUGCAGAAUGCAUGGGUGACACAGCCUGUCAAUCUGGCUCUCUACACCUGGGAGGAAGUGUAUUCUGCCAAAGAAAGACCUUCUACGAGCUGUUCUGGUAUGGCUGGAGAGGACCACAGGUUAUUCAUUCCCCCUCUGAAGUUUGCUGGCACUGAGAGUGAAGCAAGUGCUGACAAGUUCUGCUCUGCAGAUCACCUUCAUGCUGAACAUUCACUUUGUGAUCUAUACGAGAAUGAUGAGAACAUGGCUCCUGAAACACUGCCAUCUUCGGCAGAGCUCCAGUCUGACCUUCUGGAAUACCUGUAUAGCCAGGACUGAGAAGAAAUUCUCCAGAAACAAACCAGGACAUGGGGUGGUUGCAUUUGCACUUCAGUUUUAUUGUAAUAAUUUAAGUUGUGCAUUACUGUAAAAUGCAUAUUGUGCAGUUAGGAACAGUGGGGUCUCCAAUACUUCUGAGAGAGGAGUAACUGCUGGGGAACGUGGGAUCCCAUACUCUUGUGGCUAAUAUAAUUUUCAAUCUUAAACAACUACUGCUUGGGAAGCGUGUCCAAGACAGCUGCCUAGAGCUAUCUGUGAGCUGAAAGUGAGUAACAUGGUUGUGGUGGCCGGUAGAGUCUGGUCAAAUCUUAUUUCCAUUCAUGCACUCUGUUCCAAACAUUGCCUCAGAUCCCAAGGCAGAGAAAGUUUGCAAUUACAGAACCACCACCAUCUCAUACCUGCUUCUACUCCAUUCAGCACGGAUCAGAUAGUACAAAUCCCUGUUAAGUUCUGGGGCCUUAAGGUUAUUUUUCAAAAUGCAACAGAUAGUUAAUGUGGAGGGAACCUUAAAGUGUGCAGCCAUCCUGUUAGAAUUAAGGAAUGUAGCUGAGGAUUCUGCUGUUAGCAUAUUGUAUAUGAGCAUAGAAUGGCGAUGUGAAUCAUUUGAUUAAUAUUUUAAAAAGCUAGUUAAAAUUAACGGCAUUAAGUUCUGAUAUCAUAGUAUUGCUGUUCAUUUCAGAAUUUAAUGCCAUUUUUGCCAACCAUUGCCUCCUUACUUAAUCACCCCACCCCCUGACCCCCACCCUGCUGUAAAGUCGCCACGGUUGAACUGUUUCCUUGCUCGGAUGUGAUUGAGUAUACACAGACCUAACAAGAUAGGAUUUAGCCUUUAUUGUGACACAAAACUCUUGAUCAUACUUGCCUUUCCAUAUGAAUAAUAUUAUAUUUAACUACA